AGCUGAAUUAAAUCAAAAUUUCAACUUUGGUUCUGAUUUAUGGUAUGAUUUUGUUCAGAUAAGCUUGGUUCAAUUCCGGUUAAACUUUGAUUAACGGUUUUGUCUAUUCCUGUGUCAUUGCUGUAAUUUAUUUACAAUCGAAAACAGAGUCGUCGUUAGUUUUCCACCAGAGACGGCUCUGGCUCAUACGGAAUCCGCCGUACUCUUUUCCGUUUGUUUCCUUGUAACGCCGUUAAAUUCUCCAUAUAUAAGAGACCAGUGUACGCUGUGGCUCCUUUUAGGGUUUUAGAAUUCUCCGUGUACACAAGGUGUUCGACGAAUUGACUCUGUGAGACAGAAACUAAGAAAAGAUUCUUAUCAACAUGUCUUUUGAGAUGUUCGAAGAACAAAAGCUUAAUAGCAGAGGUUACUACACUAUAUGGAAGAACAGAAUCCUUGCUCAUCUUGGUAUUCAUAGAUUGAAGGAAGCAUUAAAGAUUGAGGAAGAGGAUGGAAACAAGUAUGUUAAAAUAGCUGAAGAUGAGAAGCUUUCUGCGAAGUUGAGUCCAGGUCUUGAGGAGAAGAACAAAAAGGCAAGGAGCAUGAUCAUACUCAGCGUUGGAGAUAAGGCUUUGCGAAAGAUUAUGAAGGAAGAAACAGCUUCUGGUAUGUUAAAAGUUAUUGACAAAUACUAUAUGACUAGUUCUUUAGCAAGAAGGUUUUACUUGAGACAAAAGUUACAUAGCUUUAGGAUGAAUGAAACCAAUUCUGUUAUGGAGAACGUUGAUGAGUUUCAGAGGUUGAUUGAUGAACUACGUAAUGCUAACGUAGAGAUGUCUGAUGAAGACCAGGCUAUAUUUUUGUUGAUAUCUUUGCCAGAGCAAUUUGAUGAGGUUAGAGAUAUGUUUACCUAUGAUAGAACGAGCUUAACGUUAGAGGAAGUCAUUGAUGCUGCACUGUCCAAAGAGAUGGAGCUAGGUGGAAGUUAUAGAGGGUAUAAAAACAAGUUUAGAGAGAGGUCAAGAACAAGGAUUGAAGUAGAAAAGUUUGAUGGGAGAGGUGAUUACAUUUUAUGGAAGACAAGGAUCCUUGCUCAUUUUGAGAUUCUUGAUUUGAUGGAAGCUUUAAAGAUUGAUGAGGAUGGAAACAAAUCUGUUGAAAGUAAGAGCCUUUGUGUAGCAUUGAGUGUAGAUUUAGAAGAGAAGAAGAGAAAGGCAAGGAGCAUGAUAAUUCAGAGCGUACAAAAUCAGGAUCUGCGGAAGAAAAUUAUGAAGGAGGACUCAGCUGUUGGUAUGAUUCAACUUCUAGACAAACUCUAUAUUACUACAUCUUCGACUAGCAGGACUUACCUACGAUACAAGCUGUUUAGUUUUAGGAUGAACGAAAGCCUGUCUGUUGAGGAAAACAUUGAUGAGUUUGAGAGGUUAGUUGAUGAUCUAAGUAAUGCUGAGGUUUCUAUAUCUGAUGAAGACCAAGCUAUACGUUUGUUGGUUUCUUUACCAAAGCGAUUUGAUAAUCUUAAAGACGUGAUAACAUAUGGUGGUAGAACAAGCCUUACACUUGAUGAAGUGAUUUGUGCUGUACUAUCCAAAGAGUUGGACUUUGGUUCUGUUUACAAAGAGAGUAAAAGCUCUGCCUAAAGACUUCUUUUGGGAGGCAAGUCUGUUAGUAGAGAUCAAGAUGCUGGUGAUAGGGAUAAUUCAAAAUCCAAAGUUAUGAGAGGGGUUUGCUGGAUUUGUGGGGAAGAUGGCCACUACAAAAGCCAGUGUCCAUCUAAGGAACAGACUUACGAAAAAGGAAAAGCAUCUGUUAAAAGAGGGAAUAACAGAGCACACUAGGAAGUCUUAUAUAUGGACCGUUGAACUUGACCCAUCAUUAUUAUCAUGUGAACUUGAUCACUCAUCACUAGUUUAAGGUAGCAUUUGAUGGUUGUUUGGCUAAACCAAUAGAAGAUAGACACUAAAAGAACUCAGAAAGUGACACAUCUCUUGUUUUUUUUUUAAGUCUUUGCUUGGAAAAUGACUAUCUAAAGAUAUUACAAUCCAAUUUCCCCACU